AGCAUAAGCAAUUAAGCAUUGGGAAAGUCUAUUGCGUAAAACAAGAGCUUCUUCCUAGUCCUAGCUUUAGGCUGUAAAGUGUAACCACACAAGCUCCAUCGUGAAUCGUCAUAUUCCACAUGUAUUCGGUUCACGAAUGGGCAUGGCGUUUAAUAUGAUGAGAUAUGUGUUGCUGAUGUCUAACUGCCACCUCCUGGUCGCCGCCGCCUCCCUUGCAAUCAUCAAUUCUGAAACUACAUCAUCAUCAUCAAGAUCUGCUGUUGGCGACCCUGGAAUGAAGAGAGAUGGGCUGAGAGUCGCAUUCGAAGCCUGGAAUUUUUGCAAUGAAGUUGGAACGGAAGCCCCUUCCAUGGGUAGUCCCAGAGCUGCUGAUUGCUUCCAUCUCUUCUCCACCGUUAAAGGUAAAGAUGGAGGAGGUUCAGGCAACUACUACUACUUAAAUCACAAAGUAACGGAGGCGGAUAACAGGUUGGGGGUGGGGAACUCAUUUUCUGGAUUGAGUCGGAAAGCACUUCACGAUCCAGACCUUUACGCAGCAGAGAAAGAGGUGUAUCUGGGCAAUCUAUGCCAAGUGGCAGACAAAGAGAACGAGAACGAAAGCAGCCCAUGGCAGUUUUGGAUGAUUAUGUUGAAGAAUGGCAACUACGACACCACCUCUGGUCUCUGUCCGGAGAACGGUAAAAAGGUGCCUCCUUUCCCGCCGGGAAGGUUCCCUUGUUUUGGAGAUGGUUGUAUGAAUCAACCCAUCUUGGCCCAUCACCCCACCUCCAUUUCCUUCACUGGGUCUACAAAGUAUGCUUCGGAUUCGGAUCCAGUUAUGCGAGGUGGUUUCAACGGCACUUAUGAUUUAGAUUAUUCUUUGAAGGAGAUCAACUCCGGCGGUGGCAGCAAUGAUAUUUCAUAUUUUGAGGUGAAUUGGGAGAAGAGAGUUGGAGUUGGUAGUUGGGAAUUCAGUCACAAACUCAGAACUUCAAAGUUCUACCCAUGGCUCAUGUUGUACCUCAGAGCUGAUGCUACCAAAGGUUUCUCUGGCGGCUACCAUUACGACACAAGAGGCAUGCUUAAAACCCUUCCAGAGUCCCCUAAUUUCAAAGUGAGGUUGAGGCUGGAUGUGAGGAAAGGGGGAGGAUCAAAGAGCCAAUUCUACCUGAUAGAUAUGGGGAGCUGCUGGAAAAACAAUGGAGAUCCUUGUGAUGGAGAUGUGUUGACAGACAUUACCAGAUACAGCGAGAUGAUCAUAAAUCCCGAGACCCCGGCAUGGUGUGCCCCAUCAGCACUUGGAAACUGCCCGCCUUACCACAUUACCCCCAACAACACAAAGAUUUACAGGAACGACACUGCCAGGUUCCCGUAUGGGGCCUACCACUACUACUGUGCUCCCGGGAAUGCAGACCCACGCCACCUGGAGAAGCCAUACAGCACCUGCGACCCCUACAGCAAUCCGCAGGCUCAAGAACUUGUACAGUUGCUGCCUCAUCCGAUAUGGGAGGACUACGGAUUUCCAACAAUCCAAGGACACGGUUGGGUCGGAGAUGCAAGGACUUGGGACCUUGAUGUUGGUGCCCUCUCUAGCAGACUUUAUUUCUAUCAGGAUCCAGGAACUAAAGCUGCUACAAGGAUAUGGACAUCACUUGAUGUCGGAACUGAGAUAUUUGUAAGUGACAAGCCCGAAGAGGCAGAAUGGAUCGUGAGUGAUUUUGAUGUUAUAAUUACAUAACACAAAUCAGAUAUGCCAGAUGUAUACUAGCUACUCCUAUCUGAUUUAUAAUAAUUAAGUAAUCGGAAAAUAA